GUUGCCGUCAAGUCCUUCUCGGGUGCUCGAUUGGCAGAUAUGGAUGAUUAUUUAAGGACUCUUUUUAGAAAGAAACCGGAUGAAAUCAUCCUCCAUGUGGGAACUAAUAACAUACGAAACGAAAGCCCACGUAGCGUGGCUGAGGGCAUUGUCAACCUGGUAUCUCAGAUCCAACACGAUUCCCCGACUACACACCUUGCUAUUUCACCUCUGCUACCCAGGUCAGAUAACUUAGAUUUUAACGACAAAAUCAGGGAGGCCAAUAAUAUCUUUAAGUCGUUUUGUAGCUCUCGUGGGCUUACAUUGCUCCGCAUUAAUAAUAUAGACCUCACUUGUUUAAAUCGUAGGGGUGUUCACCUAAACAGCAAAGGGUCUUCACUUCUUUUAAAUUGUCAUGCGGAUUAUCUUAAGGUAUUCCUGGAGGCUAAAGUGACUGUUUCGGAUUGCCAUACUUUUUUAGCAGCGUAAAGGCAAUGUCAUCAGGAACUGGCAUGCAAAAUUUCACGUUGAGAUACCCAAACUAUACCGAGAUAUACGCGAGCAAAGUUUUGUUUCUAAGGCCAAUUUGCCGGGAAAAAUAAGACGCCCUACCGCGCUCCAAACACCAUUUGCUUGAUUUGGAAAUCCCCUGCACACUUCCCCCAGAUCCGCCUCUGAAUGUGACCCACUUGCACAAUAAUCCAUACAAUAAACUACAUUCUUAUCCAUUGCAUAGCCUUUACAGGGUCAUAAUAUUGUUUCUUUGUUUUUUAUAGUUUGGUAACAAAGUUGGAGAGGGCCAGUUCAGGGGAAAGUCCCUACCCACUUAUGUGUACCCUGAAUGUCUCAAAAACAUCAUUAGGGAAAAACUGUCUGAAGAGCUGAGGGAUUACCCAAAUCCUGAAACUCCUGCGGUAAGAAUUAUUAUGUUAUGAAAUAAAUGUUAGUACCUGGCCCACCCCAUACCUUCCAUCUGUAAACUCUACUGUUACAUCUUUGCUUCUCAAAAGCAGGUUGUAUAAAAAAAAGCUUCCCAUUUUGAUUUUUCAGUUUCAGGCAUUGAAAAAAAAGUAGUCACAUUAUCUCGUGCCUCCUUAUAUCUCUCUUCAGGGUUUUUUGAUGGACAUAUCAUUAUUCAUAUAAAAAGGUUUCGAAUUCCCACACCAAACUAACAUUGCACUUUUUUUGAAUUUCAGGUCUACAAGGUCACGAUGUCAGACCUAUUCACAGCAAAAUGGCCUGGAGAUAAAUGAAGUUACACUUAUUUUUCCUAUUACACUUAUUUUUUUAAUUAUUUUAUUCUAAAAUUGUAUUCAAUAAUCUAGUGCAUUUCCGCUUAUCUUUUCCACAAAAAUGAGACUAAUCAUGAUAUAUAUUUGGAAAUAAACAUGUGCUUUUAACUCUAAUUGACUAUUCGGUAAUGAGCCUGCUAUCCCUACCACGUCCCGGUCUAAUGAAAAUUCUAACCAUGAACGUAUAUCUGAAUCAGACCUAACUUUCAGUCUACCCAAACGUAAGGGCUUCAAAAUUGCAUUUCUCAACAUCAUUAGUUUGCCUAAAUACCUGGACAAGCUUCGCUUAAGAAUGCAAUCUCAGACAUUAGACUUGCUAGCCUCAAGUGAGACUCGUCUUGAUAACACCUUCACUGAUUCUGCAGUGUCAAUAGAUGGUUAUACACUUAUUAGGCGUGACCGGUGCAGAGGUGGUGGUGGUGUUGCCAUAUACAUUUGCAACGUCAUUGACUUCAAAAUCAGAUCCGACCUCUUGAGCUCUUGUGUAUUGAAAUCCAAAAACCCAGAGCCAGGCCAUUUCUUAUUUCAAACUGGUAUAGACCUCCGAAUUCUCCAAUUGAGCUCUUUGAUAAGUUCGAGGUCCUUCGGCCAAAGAUUGAAGCUGAAAAUGUUGAAUCAAAUAUACUAG